AUGGGGCAGCCCCCCCUCGGUCUGUGCCGGGAGGGCACGCGGAGGCGGCGACCCCGCCCCGGGCUUCCACCGCCGGGGCGCGGGUCGAGGAGGGGUUACACCCCCGGGGUCCGCGGCGCCCCGGACAGCCUGCCGGCAGGGAUCCAACCCCGCCCCGGGCCCACACCGCCGGGGCGCGGGCCAAGGCGGGGUCACGCCCACCGGUCCCGCGGCGGCCCCGUUCAACCCGCCGGGGGCCCCGGCGAUCCCGGGGGAGGCGACCUCGGGACCCGGCCUCAGAAAGCCGCACCUUCGCCAGAUCCCGAGCAGCCAGAGCAGCCGGGGCUCAUAACCGACCAGCAGAGCCUCGAUCAGGGAAUCGCCUACAGCGUCCCAAGCCGACUGAGAAAAAAUCGCUUCAACCACAGGGAAAAACCCCUCAGUUUUCCCGUACUCACACAAUUGCUGAAAGUCAGCAUACGAAACAUCAAUUCCUCUCUGAUCAUGCACUGCACACCAUAUCUCCAAAACCAGGCCCUCCGUAAGAGGAAGCCCAAAACCAUCCACAGCCACAGGCUAGACAGUACCCUGUAACACACGUGCAAGACACGUAGGG